AUGAUGACAGCUUCACAAUACAAAGAUGCGUUUAAUAAGUCGACCGCAAAUUAUCUCGAUUGGUUAAAGUCUCACAAUGUCGACCUUUCCCCCAAAAUUACGAUACAUGAUUACACUUCAAUCAACCAAGGUCGUGGAGUGAUUGCGGUGGAGGAUAUCGAAGAAGGAGAAGUUUUAGCUACAAUCCCUAAAACGGCAUUAAUAAAUGUUAAGCAAAAUCUACUUGUCCAUGAAUACCCUAACUUGAAGCAUUACUUAAUGAGACUUCCCCAUUGGGAUGCAUUGAUAAUCAUAUUAUUGUAUGAGUUGCGCAACAAGGAGCAAAGUCAAUGGUUAGAGUAUAUUGACGUGCUACCUCAAAAAGGGUUCAAUCAAUUGAUGUUUUGGAGCCCGAAUGAAUUGAAUUUGUUACAACCAAGUUAUGUAUUAGAAAGAGUUGGAAAAGAUGCGGCUGAAGAAAUGUAUCACAAGAUAUUAGAUAUUGUUAAAGAUUUGAAAAUUGAUGGACUUUCUGACGUAACAUUCGAUGAAUAUAAUGUUGUUGCAACUAUAAUUAUGUCAUACUCGUUUGAUGUCGAGUUGACGAAACAAGAGGAGAAGGAAAUUAGGAAUCAGCUUGGUAUGACAAAUGAGACUGAGGAUGAAGGUGUUGAUGACGAUGAAGAAGUACCUGACUUAGUAAAACAUGAGCAUGGAACAUGUAAUGGGACUGAUGAAGUAAAAUCACUUCUUGAAAGAAAUGGAAUACCACUCGAUGAGGAUGAAGAAAAUGAUGAACCCGUAGCACUUGAAGACAUCGAAGGAUUGGUAGAAGAGGACGAUGAAAAAAAUGGAUUCAAAGAAGAAGACGAGGAGGAGGAGGAAGACGAAGAAGAAGAAGAAGACGACGACGACGACGACGACGAAAGUGGUGACGAGGAAGGCUCUGGGCAUCCAGAAAUUCUCAAUGAUGGAUGCAUUAAAUCAAUGGUUCCAUUGGCUGACACUUUAAACGCCGACACCAACUACAACAAUGCGAUAGUCAACUAUGAAGAAAGCAGUUUAGUUAUCACAAGUAUAAAUCCCAUCAAAAAAGGUGAUCAAAUCUACAAUACAUACUCAAAUCACCCCAAUGGUGAAAUCUUACGGAGAUAUGGCUAUGUUGAGCCACAAGGGUCCAAGGGAGAUUUUGGUGAAAUUCCUAUAUCCAUCAUAUAUCAGUUCUUUAUUGAGAAAUAUGUGGUGCAUGAAACUGAUUUGAGUCAUUUACUUGAAUUAAUUGGUGAAGUAUCAUAUCAGGAACAAAUGAACGACAAUGGGUUAGAUGAAGAUAUCGAGUUUGAACUUAUUUUGGAUUCUUAUGAUUGUUUUAGUACUAGUGAAGUCACCAUUGAAUUAAUUUUUUUGGUACAAUUGUUAACUACAUAUUUUUUGAUACGAAAGGAUGGAGAAGAAGUAUCACUCGACUCAGUGAAACGAGUUUAUCAAAAGAUUUAUCAACUUGUUGAAUCGAAAAAAGUAACUUCAGAAUUGAUCAAAAACUUGCAAGAAAUUUUACAAAUUAGAUUGGAUCAGUAUCCUGACUAUGCAUCUGAACCGUUGAAUAAAGAACUGGGUUCAAUGAUCAGGGAUGUAAUGGCCGAAAUUGUAUUAAAGAGCGAGUUUCAUUCGUUGGGUGCGUGUCAAAAAGAUGUACAAAAGACAGUGGAGAGGACUUUGGACUCAUCAGUAAAGGUGGUUGCUGAUGAUAAAUUAGUCAGAGCCAUUACCAAAAACAGUGAUAGGGGACACAGAAAAGGUGAAAAGAGAGUUGUUGAAAAUGCUGGUGAGAAAGCAAAGAGACCUAAGAAGGCGAAGAAGCAGUAA